AGUCUUCCUCAAGAUCACAAUUUCUUAAUUAUAACACAUGAAAAAAGGGGAUGCUACAAAAUGAUCCAGUUAUGAUCUCUCUCCACAUUUACCAGGUAAACUAUUCACUCUUUAGUAAAGCCCUCUCUAAAUCCUGUCUUCUCAGAUGUCCACGUAGCCUCAAUUGUCUCAUUUUUCAUGUGAAAAUAUUGUGCAUUCAAUGGAUUGUUGGAAAUUAUCCAAACACUGUCCAAGAAGGUAACCACUAGCCACACAUGGUUACUUAAAUUUAAUUAAAAUUAAAUAAAAUGUAAAAUUCAGUUCCUCUGCCACAGUAUACACAUUUCAAGUGACUAGUAGCUACCAUAUUGGACAGGAUGUAUUUCCAUCUUUGUAGAAAGUUCUAUUGGACAGUGCUGUGCUAGAGCUAGGACUUGUCAAGAUCAAAGAAAACAAUAUGACCAAACUGAAAACGCAGGCCAGUCAGUACCUGGUUGGUUUUGAGUGAGAAGGUUCACUGGGUGAGUGGGAAGCAAGCUGAUUUUUGGGACGGUGACAUCACAAACCACAGCUCACAGGGGCUCUAGAACACCUGGGCUCCCAGGCCACUUUCCUUAACUCAUAUCUAGGGUCCUGAAGACUCUGAACAUGUAGCUCUGGAGCUGCUGUCUUAUUAAAAUGCCAACAUCUUCACCUUCAUCUUCUAUCUGGGACAUCAUAGAUUAUGCCUCUUUGAGCUCAAUAUGGAAUUGGCUCCAAGCAACUUUUCUGGGACAGACUAGUGUGGCUCAGCAAACAAAUUUGGGGCUAAUAGAUAAUCUUGCUCCAGUUCUGCAAGCUGCCCUCGGGAUUUUCUUUCUUAUUUUCUUGGCAGUAGGACUAUACGCCUUAUGGAAACGAAGUGUUCGGUCAAUUCAGAGUCUGUUGUUGUUUGUAAUCACACUCUACAGACUUUACAAGAAGGGCUCAGAGUUUUUGGAGGCUUUGCUGGUCAACCCAGAAGGGAUUCAUCUCCCAAUUCAAGACAAAAGUAUCCUCCUGUCCUUGGGUCUGCAAGAGAAAAUUUUGAAACAACUUCAGAUGGUGGAAAGCAAAGUGAAGAACCUGGAGGGGAUGAUUAUUUCUCAAAAACCUGCCACGAAGAGGGAUUGCUCCUCUGAGCCCUACUGCAGCUGCUCCGACUGCCAGAGUCCCUUGCCCACAUCAGGGUUUACUUCCACAUCUGAAAUCUGAUGGACUCCAAUCUUUUCCAGACAAGCACCGUUUCCCUUGUGUGCAGUGGUGUACCAAUAAAGGUAGAGAACUGUAUUGAAAUUA